AUUUACAAUUUUUUUUACUGUAAAGUUUAUUUAUUUAUUAUUGUAUGGGUUUAAAUAUUAAUAAACUAUUAAUAAAUAACAAUUGAUUGUACAGUGUUUUAAAUUAUAACAAUGUCUAAGCACUUAAAGUUAACCUUUAAUCUUGGAAAGGACGACGAUGCAGAAAAUAAGGAAGAAAAUGUGCCAAGCACCCCAAGAAGAGCCACCAGACAUAGAAAUACACCAAAAAGAUACAGCGAAUUUUUCGCGAAAUCCCCGGUAAAACGACAAACUGUUAAUGAUAUAAUAAGCUCAGAUGAAGAAUUUCAGGUUGAAACUCCCAUACAGAAAUCUAAAGCUCUAUUUGGUAGUGAUGAUGUAGAGGGUCAAGACAUGUAUAAAUUUCAAUCCCGAUAUUCAAGACUUGGUCUCCAAAACAAGGUCAAAGCAGCUAUUGGAAAUUCUCCUUCAAUAAGCAGUCCUAUGAAAACUCCAAGAAAAAGCAUUAACAUGAAUAAAGUUGAAGCUACACCUAAGCAAGUUGUCAGCUUGUUCAAGAAAAGAAUAAUCCAAGAAGUAGAUUCAGACAGUGGUGACAGUGAUUUCUCCGGCAGUAGCAGUGAUUUUGUUCCUGAUAAAAGUGAUGAAGAGAGUGAAGCUUCAUCAAACUCCGAGUCCGAGGCUGAAGAACAACCGCAACAAAUAUCUAAACCUGUUAGAAACAGAGGCAACAGGAUGAAACAAAAAGAUUCAGAAUAUAUUGUAACACCAGAUAAUUAUUUCAUGAUGCAUUCUAGUAAAAAGAUAACCACAUCAGACCACACUUUAUCAAGGUUAAAGAAUAUGAAUUUGAAUGAUAACAUUAAGGAUAUAGAUGUGCACAUAUCAGAACAACAUCAAACUUGUAUAAAAGACUUGAUGAAGAGCUACGACUAUUUAUUCGAUAGAUGGCUGUAUGUACUCAGUGAAAAUUUCAACAUUAUUCUCUAUGGAAUAGGAUCAAAACGUUCCAUACUACACAAAUUUCAACAAGAGAAACUACAUAGCACUCCUUGUAUUGUAAUAAAUGGAUUUUUCCCAAGUCUUACCAUCAAAAAUGUUCUAGAAGCCAUAGUCGUUGAUCUUUUAGGCAAUACUCAUGUUCCUUCUAAUACUAGUGACGUCAUACAAAUAAUUGAUAGCCAAUUAAGUGAAAAUGAGACUGAUUUAUUUUUAAUUAUACAUAAUAUUGAUGGAACAAUGUUGCGGAAUAGCAAGGCUCAAUCGGUUCUAGCUGGAAUCUCACAAUUGAAAAAUGUGCAUACAAUAGCAACUAUAGAUCAUAUAAAUGCUCCUUUGUUGUGGGACCACUCUAAGCUAAGUAAGUUCAACUUCACGUGGUGGGAUGUCACAACGUUCUUACCAUACACAGAAGAGACGUCUUUCGAAAACUCUCUCAUGACUCAGAGAAGUGGAGCCUUACAAUUAUCUUCAUUGAAAAGUGUCUAUCAAUCCCUCACAACCAAUGCUAGAGGAAUAUUCAAUAUUAUUAUUGAAUAUCAGCUCGAAAACCAGAAGCAGGCGCAUUAUCAAGGUCUGGCAUUCAAGGAUCUGUACUCCAAGUCAAGAGAACAAUUCUUAGUAAGUUCCGAGUUGGCAUUGAGAGCUCAACUUACAGAAUUCUUGGAUCAUAAACUCGUGAAAAUAAAACGUACACUGGAUGGUAGCGAAAAUCUAGUUAUUCCUAUAGAAAGUGCCUUAUUGCAACAGUUUUUGGAACAGAAUCAAUGAAGGAAUGCAUGUGUGAAUAAAACAAUUAAUAUUG